UACUAAAAUAAAGACCUCUCCAAACUACGCAGCAGUGCCAGGUCAGACCCUGACAUAGACUGUUAAAAGACUUCAGUGCUGCAGGAACAAAAAGACCUUCUCAGUCGUUCAGUGGAGCACCGAGGGAUCAGAGGUCGCUCUCUAAAAGAGCUUUGAGACCUUUAAAGACACAGUGUGAUGGAGGAUCUUUGUAACCCAGGAUUCAUUUUAAUUUAGACCUGGUCCUCAAGAGACUCUGGGACUAAACCACUAACUGAUCCGGCCCUCUUGAUCAUCGUGUUGAUCCUGUUUUUGUCGUCAGAUGAUAUGCUGCCCCCAGCCAACAAAGUACAGUAUAAAAAAGGACACGGGUCAGAAAACCUCUGAUCCAGAAUCCUCGUGCUGACAUCGACAGAUCUUAGCUUUCUGAGAAAGAAGAGUCCAGACUGAGUCUUCUUCAAGGAGGGAUUUUAAUUUUAUUGUCCAAAUAGACACCAAGGAAGACUCAAGGACAAAGAAAUGUUCUAGGAAUAGAAAUAAAGAAAGUUGUUAAACUUAAGACAAAUAAAAAAACCAUUAGAAUUAAUUUAAAACAGUAAAAUAAUGAGAAGAUGACCGACUGUGAGAGCGAGAACGAAAACAGCAUCAAUGAAGAUUUCCAUCUGGUUUUAUUCUCACUCAACUCAUUUCUAAUGAGAACUACUACUAAACUCUGUGUCUGUCUGUGUGUGUGUGUGUGUGUGUGUGUGUGUGUGUGUGUGUGUGUGUGUGUGUGUGUGUGUGUCUCUCUCUCUCUCUCUCUCUCUCUCUCUCUCUGUCUCUCUCUCUCUCUCUCUCCCUUCAGUCUGUUGAAUGCAGUCUGACGUGUUUUCAGAUAUUUCGGUUUAUUGAUUUGUUAACGCUGACAGCGGCACAUUCCCUUCAUGUCAGAUCACGAACACACACACACACACACACACACACACGUUCUCACAGACGCACACUCAGGUGUUUUCACAGUGGUGGUUAGUGUCCUAUUAAGUGUUUUUUUGUGUGUGUGUGUGUGUUGUUGUUGUUUUCUUGCGUUUUGACGGACGGCUGAAGACAAACAGGAAAUAUGGGAGUAGAGGGUUAGGGGUCAGAGGUCAGGAGUCAAACCUGUGAUUAGGACUGCAGCCUCUGGACAUAAACAGUCCUUUUACAAACCACCAUGUUAACAGUAUUAAUCUGUGUUUUCCGUUGUCGUUCACUGACCUGCAGACGGUGUUAAUCUCCGUUAAACUCUGUUUCGGUGUUGUGUUUAAGGACCCGUAAAUGUCUGAAUUGGACAGUAUUUAAGUGGUGCGUUUACUGACCUGCAGACGGGUGUAAGUCUGUGUUUUGACGUUGUGUUGACUGACCUGCAGACAUAUAUGUGGUUGUUUUUAUUGGGGCGUAGCUGAGAGUUUGUAAUUCCUCAGGUGAAUCAGAUUCCUGAGAGUGACAGCAGGUGAGGAGCGUUUGAUUUGUUGUUCGUGGCGGUGGCGGUUGGUUUCACGUACUGAAGGAUGAGAUUAUUGAGAUCAGUUUAAUGUGAUCUGAUAACGGAGAUCAGAUUCUUGUCAUGUCUGUGAUUCUGUCAAACCUUUGUGUAAUGAUCUGAAGACUGAUCAAUAACAGAUGAAAUAAUUCUAUCAGACUUUAGAUGAAGAUCAAAUCCAUCAGAGUUUUUCCUCUCUGUGUUUGUGUGAGGAGGAGCAGAGUCUUCAGCCGCACCGCUCACUUUCACUUUUUAUCAGGUUACAGCCUGUGUGUGUGUGUGUGUGUGUGUGUGUGUGUGUGUGUGUGUGUGAGAGAGAGAGAGAGUGUACUAUAGAGCACAGUUGACAUCUGCGCACCAAUUAACAUUCCUCAGUCUCCAGCCUUUUGUUAUGAGUUCAUAAUUUCCCAUAAUCUACUAGAUUAUCUCCGGAUUAAACUGGCAAAUAAAGUUGAAAAGAAAUGCUGAGUAAAGACAAAGGUGUGUGUUAGUUUCAAAUGGUAAUGAUUAGGCCUGUCACGAUAACAAAUUUUGCUGGACGAUAAUUGUGCUACAAAUUAUCGCCGAUACACGAUAUUAUUGACACCGUUUUUUAAAUUAUAGAUAAUGAUAUGAAAUGGCAUAAUAAUGCGAGUACACCGUGUCAAAAGUGAUAAACUUUAAUUUCACCCACGACGAAGACGUAACGUUGACGAGCUAAACAUAAGUCGGAGAUGACUAAAAUGUGACGAGACGAAAGUGCGUUUACGUUGAUGGGACGAGACGAAAAUGACGAACAGAGUUGCAAAACUCAGUCAGUUAAACGCUAAACAUAUAGGAGCAGCUUCAGUCCGCUCUGACAGCUCUCAUCAGCCUGCUGUGCUCCUCCAACACACAGACACACACGCACGCGCGCACACACGUGGAGUUUUGUGGUUGACGAAAACAAAACUGGUUUAAAGCCGAAAUAUUCCCACACUUGGGCUGUUGUUUGGUUUAGACACCAAAGCUGUCGUGUUCAUUCUGUUAGCUUGCUUUUCACUCACGACGCUCACUUGCAGCACUGUAUCCAAAAGUCUGUGUCUGUGUGCCUGUGCGCGCCUACGUGUACCUGCGCGCGCGCCCCCCGUGACAAAGAUACUGAAUGACUGACAGGAGGGUUCACUAACUCCGUUCAUUCCGCUAUAGAGCCAACGCCCCCAGGUGCCGAGAAAAAUGCGCAGAGUGAGACCUCUUCUCUCAUCCAGCGUGUUUGGUAGCGAGAGAGGAGGAAAACAAACGCACGUCAAUUAUCGAGGCUGGCAAAAUGACCGACCAUGUUUCAAUUUACCGAGCGAUACGGCGAUUUAUUGAUUAUCGCGACAGGCCUAGUAAUGAUGAUAAAAGUAAAGAUGAUGAUGAUGAUGAUGAUGUGAUAUUAAUGAUAAAAUGAUGAUGAUGAUGGUGAUGAGGGUGGAGAAAAUGACAAAGAUGAGGAUGAAGAGGAAGACAAUGGUGAUAAAAAUGAUAUAAAGUAAUGAUAACAGUAAUAUGAUGGUGAUAUUUAGAGAAUAAUGGCUAUAAAAUGAGCAUUGAUGAGCCAGAUAAUGGUGACAAAGUGAUUAAAUGGAUCGAUGAUGAUGUUGAUGAGGGUGAUAAUGGAGAUAUAAGUAACCAUGGUAAUGCUGAGGACGCUCCUGGUGUUGAUAAUGAUGGUGCUGAUGAGGAUGAUGGUGGUGAUAUGAUAAUGAUUAUGUGACAACAGGGAUAACGGUGAUAAUUAUGAGGGUGACGAUGGUUAUGAGGUGUUGAAGAUAGGGUUAAUGAUGAUAAUGACGAAGAUGAUGAUGAGUAAAGGUAGGGAUAUGGUGAUAACGAUUAUGUUAUGCGAUAACGACAGGCAUAAUGGGGAUGAUGAGGAUGAGGUGAUGAAGAUAGGGGUUAUGGUGAUAAUUGUGAUGGUGAUGAUGAGGAUGAUGAAAGGGAUGAGUGUGAUGAUGAUGAUGAUGAUGAUGAUGAUGGUGAUGAUAAAGAUGAAAAUGUUUGAAUGUCAUGAAUUAGUUUCUUGUUGUUGGUCUGUAGCUGUUAGCAUGUUAGCAUGUUAGCCUGGUGUAUCAGGUAUCACUGCUCCUGUCCAGGUGCUCGGUGUGGAGACUCUCAGGUGAGUCACAGGUGAUCUUUGUUGGGAGCAGAGCUGCAGUAAAAUCAGCCAGUUUAUCAACAGAGAAUUUCCAGUUAUUCAAAUCCAGAUUUGCAUUCUUAGCAGACCGAUGUAGAACUGAGUCUGUCUCUGUGUCACACCGACAGCUCUACAUGAGCUCACUCUGACAUUACAGCUUCAGCUUUAGCCUCGUACCGCCUGUGGGUCGGUCACUGAGUGUCAAUCAGGUAAAAUAACACGAUGUGAGCGAAUCAUCCUCCCCAGGCUGUGUUCGACAAGAAACACUUCUGUUACAGACACUUGUCUUACUUUGUUAAAGCGGUUUACCUGUCCAGCAGAAAGGUUACAGGGUCACCAAGAUCCCCAAGCGUCCCCCAUCGUUUAUGUUGACCCGGCUUUUUAGCUCUUGUCCGGUCUACCUCCGUUUUAAGCGCCCGUUAUUCCUCCAGAGUCUCCGGUAUUUACUUUGUUUUCUUGCUUGUGUCGGCAGUCGUGGCCAAAGGAGGAUUCAGACAAUUUUCCGAACUUUCUGGUUGGUUUCUACUGUCCGAUAUUGUAGCACGCUAACUUUGUUUGGGCUCCUGAACGACACGGGGGAGCAGCAUUUUCUUGUUGACUGUUUUCUUGCUGACUGUUUUGGUGUUGACUGUUUAUGGUUGACUGUUUUCUUGCUGACUGUUUAUGUUUGACUGUUUUCUUGCUUGUGUCGGCAGUCGUGGCCAAAGGAGGAUUCAGACAAUUUUCCGAACUUUCUGGUUGGUUUCUACUGUCCGAUAUUGUAGCACGCUAACUUUGUUUGGGCUCCUGAACGACACGGGGGAGCAGCGUCUGCCUCACAACCAAUCAGGUUAGAGGAGGUGGAGAACGGCUUUGUUUACAGUCAGAAAGAGCGGACCGCUCAAAAAUGUUCAAAUGUUGACGACACAGACAUAAGAGAACACAGAGAUAUCGAUAUAUUACCAAAUGUCAUCAAUAACUAAUAACUAUUAACUGAUAUUCAAAGAUUUUUUGUUUAUACACCACAAAAUAAAAAGAUGCCGACUCCACCUUUAUUCUGUAAAACCUCAGAUCCAGUGUGAACUCUGAGACUGUCUCUAAGUACGAUUCCUGACUGAGAGUCUUUCUUUACUUCCUCACUGUGCAGCACCAAAUCACAGUGAUUCAUACCGGCGUCUCAGUGUAUGAAAACACACACACGCACACACACACACACACACACACACACACACACACACACACACACACACACACACAGUUGUGUGACUCAGUUUCUCUUCAUGCUGAUGAAAUCUGUGGAGCUGACUCAGCGUUUACUCUCUUCACCUGCUCAGGUGUGUGACCGUUAUUAUACCUGAGUCAGUCCACACGCUUAGUGUCGUCACCAUGGCAACCAGACCGAUACACCUCAUCUCUAAAUAGAGAGGAGCAACUGUGUGUGUGUGUGUGUGUGUGUGUGUGUGUUUCCUGCAGACAGUCAAUCUGGAGGAUGACUGAUUCAGUCGUCUUCCUAUGAGUCUGACCUGCGACCCGUGAAAAGGCUGCAGUUUCCUGUCACGUGACCUUAACAGGUUUCAGUGUUUGUGUCGCCCCCUCAUGUCACAAUAACUCAACUAAAAAUAAAAGUAACAGGUAGAUAAUCCUCUGAACCUGGAUGGCAUUCAUGAAUGAACUUUUUACUUUUUUAUUUGGAUGCAGUUUAUUAUUUACCUCCUCAGUGUUGAGUGUGUUAUAGUUUCCUCAGUGUGUUGAGUGUGUUAUAGUUUACUCAGUGUGUUGAGUGUGUUAUAGUUUCCUCAGUGUGUUGAGUGUGUUACUGAACGACACUGUGUCGAAGGCUCUGCAGUAUAAAAGUGUUGCUUAUGGUUUUGUUCUCUCUGGCUCGUAGUUGAUCUUAUGUCUGAAUGGCGGUUUUGUUGGAGGCGUCCAAGGACUUCCUGUGAUGGGAGUGUGUUUUUUUUCAGCUGGUCUGGGGUCUGGAGAGUGUUAGAGGAAUUUUGUGUGUUUAUGAGGACCUAAUGUCUGUAAAAACAAACAAACGCUGAAUAAGAGCGACUGAAAGGAGCUUUUGUUCGAGAGAAUUAGUCUUUCAGUGAAUUGAAAACCUCAAAGGCCGUGAGGCAGUCAGCUCGAGUCCUUACAAAGCUCUCAGUGUGUGUGUGUGUGUGUGUGUGUGUGAGUGUGUGCAGAUAAAAAGUGUGUAUUCUCCAUGGUUUACCUCCUCACCUCAUGUGUUGAUCUAAAGUAUUAAAAUGAGUUUAUGUUAAGCGGCGAUUAACUUUUACUGUCAGUUUUUUACCUGAACAUAAAUAAUCUGAUAUUUUAUUUUGUUCAGUUUGAGGCUGAUAUCAAAUCUAAUCUGAAAUCUCCUUCAGAUUAGGAUUUCUUAAAAGGGUUUGUGUUUUGAUAGAAUUAGAUUAUGAUAGAGGAUUAAUCUGAAAGUAAGGAUAAUCAUAAUCGUAAACAAUAAUCCAGUUGUUUUUUAGGUCUUUUCUAAUCUCUAAUCCAGUUUGUUUUUAAAGGCGUUUUCUAAUCUCGAAUCUGGUUUGAUGUUUUCAGGUGUUUUCUAAUCUCUAAUCCAGUUUUAGUUUACAAGUGUUUUUUUAAUCUUGAAUCCAGUUUGAUGUUUUCAGGUGUUUCUUAAUCUCUAAUCAAGUUUUAGUUUUAGAUGUUUUCUAAUCUCUAAUCCAGUUGUUUCAGGUGUUUCUAUUCUGUAAUUCGGUUUGUUUUUUCAGGUGUUUUUUAAUCUCUAAUCAAUUUAAAACUUUAGGUGUUUUCUAAUCUCUAAUCCAGUUUUAGUUUACAAGUGUUUUUUUUUUUAAUCUCUAAUCCAGUUUGAUGUUUUCAGGUGUUUUCUAAUCCCUAAUCCAGCCUGAAUCUUGCAGGUGUAUCUAAUCCCUGCAGGCUCAGGCUGAGCUGAACUGGUUUCUCUCUGGUUACUGGUCUGGUCUGGUGCGCUGGUUUCGGAGCUCUUGGCGUGAGCGUGUAAAAAGAGGAAUGUGACCUCAGAGAAAUAAAAUGUCAGACAGAAGGCAUGCUGGGAGCUGCGCGUUACCGCGGUUACACAGGGUGUCUGCUGUCAUGGAGCUGCAGAGACUUUUUCUGCUCAGAGAUUUUAGAGUUUUGACUUUAAUGUUAAAAUGAAAAUCAAACAUGAUGUUACAGGAUUAUUAUAGACUCCGCCUCCUCUGUUUUGACACACACCUUUACCUUCUCUUCACCCUCACCGUAUUAUCAGACAUAUUAUCAACAUGGAUGAAUACAUUUCUGAUGAGGUAUUGAUUUUCCAUUAUUGAAUAUAGAUGAUGAUAAACAGUGAGCAAACUGAAGAUGAAAUGUGUUCAUAAACUUAAAAUGAUGAAUAAUGAUGAGAUGAAACUGUCCUCUGUAAAAAAUAAAACUAAAAGAUAAAAAUAAAAACAGAAUCUGACAAAUUAAAGUCAGAUUGGAGAUGUUCAGUUUCAUCUGUCAGAAUAAGUACGUUAAAGUUAGUCAGUUCUCUGUAAUCUGUUGAAAUAAUCUGAGUCCUGUGGAGUUUGAACAGCAGAGAUUAUGUUUGUCAGUGUUUGAAUAUUUAAAACUGUUUCCUCUGAGUUUACCUUAACUGUGUUUGUUUACUGUGUGUGUGUUUACCGUGUGUGUUUAUGUGUUCCUCAGGUGGAUGGAGGCGUGUCUCGACGAGGAGUUACCGCCCACAACAGAGUUGGAGGAGGGGCUCAGAAACGGCGUUUAUUUGGCCAAACUGGGAAACUUCUUUGCUCCACGAACCGUCUCCCUAAAAAAGAUCUACGACCGCGAACAGACAAGAUACAAGGUGAGACUAACCCACUCAAGACUAACCCACUCAAGACUAACCCACUCAAGACUAACCCACUCAGAUACAAGGUGAGACUUUUGCUGCGUUCGAGUUUCCUCAGAAGUCAGAAGUCCGAUCUGAAAAUGACGUCACACUUGAGUUCCCAGCGUUUCAGUUACCAAGUCAGAAUAAAAGCAGAAUUAGAGGCUGAAACAAGAUGGAAACAUCUAUGAAAGUUAUUUUAGAGCUCUCGCCUUGUCUGAAUAUAAGGCAAACUCUAAAAUAACUUUCGUUUGCUUUUUUCCAACUUGCUUAGUGAAAUGCUGGGAGCUCGGGUGUGACGUCAUUUUCAGCUCCGACAUUCUGACUUCUCAAAUGCAGCAAAAACCCACUCAGAUCAGAGGUGAUCUAUUUAAAAGCCUCGAUAAAAACAUGUCUGAGGUCAGUCUGUUUUGAUUUUUCUAUUUUUUGUUUGUUUUUAUUAUUUCAGGCGACCGGUCUCCAUUUCAGACACACUGAUAAUGUCAUUCAGUGGCUAAAUGCCAUGGCAGAGAAAGGACUGCCUAAGGUACGCACACAGAGACACAUACACACACACGCACGCACACACACACACACACACACGCUCUAACUAUUUUUAUUUUCUCUUUUCUUUCAGAUUUUUUAUCCUGAAACCACCGACAUCUAUGACAGAAAGAACAUGCCACGCUGCAUCUACUGCAUCCACGCCCUCAGGUCUGUGUGUGUGUGUGUGUGUGUGUUAACCUCUGUGUGUGUUUGUGAUAUUGAUUAUCUCAAAGUUUGAUACUUAAACCCAAGACUGCACAGAUUACUGAGUUGAGUUCUGUAUAACUGAUUUUAACACAAACAGAAAGGUAGUUUGAGUUUUUUAGAUGAUUUAUUUGCUGUAAAAAAGCCUCCUGGCUUUGUGACAGCAAACAUUUCUUACUGAGACUUUAAUCCUCCAAUCCACCAAACAACACCGAGCUAAAGCCAGCAGCUGAAUCAGCGGUUCGACAGGUUAAAAAAAAAGGCGGUUUCUUCAAACUCAGAUUCUGGAGUAUCCAUGUUUCUAAAAUUUAGGAUUUGAUGUUUACCUGCACAAACCCAAAGACAGGAAACUGAAAAACCUGAUUAUAACAGUGACAGUUCGUCCCUGUAGCAGGUAAUAAAGUCUGACGUGUGUUUCAGUCUGUACCUGUUCAAACUGGGACUGGCGCCUCAGAUCCAGGAUCUGUACGGGAAGGUGGACUUCACAGGUAAGUCUGAGGCUCACCUUUCUGAACCUGGACAACACUCAACAUGCCGUCACACUGCAUCGUUACCAUGACGAUUAAAUGUCCUUCCCACCCCCUCACAGAGGAGGAGAUCAAUAACAUGAAGAGUGAGCUGGAGAAAUACGGGAUCCAGAUGCCGGCCUUCAGCAAGAUCGGAGGGAUCCUGGCCAACGAGCUGUCAGUGGACGAGGCUGCAUGUAAGUGUGUGUGUGUGUGUGUGUGUUAAAGUAAUUCUGCAUUAGCACAUAUUAAAGUGGUGACAGUGUUGUGAUGAUAAUGAUGGGAUGACAGUCAUACAGCGUAAAAAAAAGUGAUGAUAAUGAUGUCAUGGUAAUAACAACAGGUCCUUUAAGUGACUGUUUGAUAAUGGUGAUAAUAAAGAGGUGACGAAGUGAUAUGAUGAUGGAAACGAGAGUUAAAGUGGAAACUGUGUAGUUGGUCACAGUGGUAAAAUUGAUAAUGUAGUAACAGUACGAACAGUAUAUCAGGAGUACAGAAAGGUAAGUGAUAAUGGCGCUGCAGUGAGUCGUAAUGUUGUGACAGGUGAUAAGGAACACUGCAUCAUGGUGAUAAACGUGAUAAUGCAGUAACAGUGAUAAUGAUAUCAGUUAUAACAGUGAUAAUGCAGUUAGUUAUAAUGGUGAUAAUGCAUAAACAGCAGAAACAAUGAUAAUAUUUACAGAAAUAACAGUAAUAAUGCAGCCAUGGUAAUAAAGGUGGUUUUACAGUUAGUUAUUACAACGAUAAUGCAUGAAACCAAUCAUAGUGAUAAUGCAGUUAGUUAUAAUGGCGGUGAUACAAGACCAGCUAUAAUGGUGAUAAUGCAAGAACAGUUUUGACAGUUAAGUAGUCAGUUAGUUAUAAUAGUGAUAAUGCAUAAACAGCAGUAACAAUGAUAACAGUUACAGAAAUAACAGUAAUUAUGCAGCCAUAGAAAUAAAGGUGGUAAUACAGUUGGUUAUUACAAUGAUAAUGCAUGAAACUAGUUGCAGUGAUAAUGUAGUUGCAAUAAUAAAUUUAAAGUAUAAUAAUGAUAAAGCAGUUAGAUUAAUAACAGUGGUAUGCAAUGACAGCUAUGACUGUGAUAAUGCAGUUUUAGUGAUAACAGUAAUAAUGUAAUUACAUUACUAACAGUGAUAAUGCAGUUUUAAUGAUAACAGUGAUAAUGCAGUUUUAGUAAUAACAGUAAUAAUGUAAUUACAUUACUAACAGUGAUAAUGCAGUUUUAAUGAUAACAGUGAUAAUGCAGUUUUAGUAAUAACAGUAAUAAUGUAAUUACAUUACUAACAGUGAUAAUGCAGUUUUAGUGAUAACAGUAAUAAUGUAAUUACAUUACUAACAGUGAUAAUGCAGUUUUAGUGAUAACAGUGAUAAUGCAGUUUUAGUGAUAACAGUGAUAAUGCAGUUUAAGUGAUAACAGUGAUAAUGCAGUUUUAAUGAUAACAGUGAUAAUGCAGUUUUAGUGAUAACAGUGAUAAUGCAGUUUUAGUAAUAACAGUAAUAAUGUAAUUACAUUACUAACAGUGAUAAUGUAAUUACAUUACUAACAGUGAUAAUGCAGUUUUAGUGAUAACAGUGAUAAUGCAGUUUUAAUGAUAACAGUAAUAAUGUAAUUACAUUACUAACAGUGAUAAUGCAGUUUUAGUGAUAACAGUGAUAAUGCAGUUUUAAUGAUAACAGUAAUAAUGUAAUUACAUUACUAACAGUGAUAAUGCAGUUUUAGUUAUAACAGUGAUAAUGCAGUUUUAAUGAUUACAGUGAUAAUGCAGUUUUAGUGAUAACAGUGAUAAUGCAGUUUUAGUGAUAACAGUGAUAAUGCAGUUUUAGUGAUAACAGUGAUAAUGCAGUUUUAGUGAUAACAGUGAUAAUGCAGUUUUAAUGAUAACAGUAAUAAUGUAAUUACAUUACUAACAGUGAUAAUGUAAUUACAUUACUAACAGUGAUAAUGCAGUUUUAGUGAUAACAGUGAUAAUGCAGUUUUAAUGAUAACAGUAAUAAUGUAAUUACAUUACUAACAGUGAUAAUGCAGUUUUAGUGAUAACAGUGAUAAUGCAGUUUUAAUGAUAACAGUAAUAAUGUAAUUACAUUACUAACAGUGAUAAUGCAGUUUUAGUUAUAACAGUGAUAAUGCAGUUUUAAUGAUUACAGUGAUAAUGCAGUUUUAGUGAUAACAGUGAUAAUGCAGUUUUAGUGAUAACAGUGAUAAUGCAGUUUUAGUGAUAACAGUGAUAAUGCAGUUCCUAUAAUAAGCAGUGGUUAUGUCGUCACAGUGGUUGUUGGUAUUAUCUGCCUAUAGAGAACUCACUGGUUACAUGACUACUCUGCUAUUCAGUGAUUAUUGAUUAAUGAAUUUUUAUUACAGCUGUGAUGGUGUUAGCUUAGCAUGUUAGCAUCACAAUCUGACUGUUACCACGGAAACCGUUAACAUUGUUAAACUUAUUAACUUCCUUUCCUUCUCCACGUCACCUUUUCUUCAGUGCACGCCGCCGUCAUCGCCAUCAACGACGCCAUUGAUCAUGGCGUUCCUGAGGGAACGCUGGCCGCCAUGCAGAACCCAAACGCCAUGCUGGUUCAACUGGACCCGUCCUGUGCCGAGCAGUACCAGCAGACUCUGUACCAGGCCAAAGGAGAGAAGGUGGCGCGCUCACGAAAACGGGUACGAAGGGUUCGAGGGGGAAGGAUUUAACAGAAAGAUAUAAGAGGAUGAUGAUGAUGAUGAUGAUGAGGAGGGUGUGGAUUAGGAUUAUCAGGACAAUGAGGACCAAAUGUCGGCCAUUUUUGUCUGAAACUGUAGAUGGAGAAUACCGAUGCAGAGACCGACAUCUACGACGAGCUGCUGACACAAGCUGAGAUACAAGGAAACGUCAACCAGGUCAACGGUACGACACAUGCACACACACACACACGCACAUGCACAGUGUAUUGUUGAUAUGGUUUCCAUGGUAACGGUGCUUUCCCUGCCCUCUCAGUGGCCGUGGCUCUGUCUGCAGCUGAGCGCGCUCUGCUCAGUGGAGACGAAGAUAAACUGUUUGAGGCUCUGAAGGCGAUGGGGAUCCAGAACCUGCAGAACCAGAACAAAAGCUGGUACCUGAAACAGCUGCAGGCUGACAGAGAGGGCAAGGAGCAGGUGAGGAAGAGGAGGAGGAGGAGGAGGAGGAGGAGGAAACAUGAUCAAAGUGAUGAGGAUGAUUUUUAAAGUGAGGAAGAGUCACUCAUGACCUCCUCUUCAUCAACAGGGAUCUCCAGGAGAACCUCUGACCAAAGACGAGCUGCAGAAUGGAGUCGAUGUGGCCAAUCAGAUCGCAGAGAACUACGCAAAGUGUAAGCACACACACACACACACUGAUCACACUCCAGCCCACUCCACCUGUGGAGGAACCUCUGUGAGAACAAUCAUCGUUUAUUCCCUUAAAGGCAGAACAGCUCUGUCGUCUGUGUCAGGAUGCAGAUUAAAAGAAGUCUUUGUGAGUCUGUGCGUACCUGUGAGUUCAUACCUGUGUGUGUCUGAAUGUGUGUGUAUGGCUCUGUGUGUGACAGUGUUGAGGGCGGUGCAGAAGAUCAACGCCGCGAUCAGAGCGGGCGUCGCCGAACAGACGGUGGAGGAGCUGAUGAAUCCUGAUGCUCAGCUGCCCGAAGUUUAUCCGUCUGCUGCAGAUCUUUACCAGAGAGAGCUGAUGAGCCUGCAGCAGCAGAGCCCUGAGGUACACACACACACACACACACACACACACACACACACACACACACACACACACACACACACACACACAGAGUGAAAGGUUUAUUCAUGAUACGAUCACAGAAACAUGUUUUAUCAUCAUCAGACCCUCAGAUCAACCUCUGCUCCUCCACGCAGUUUCUCACUCUGCCAGCUCGAUGUCUAAAGUGUGUGUGUGUGUGUGUGUGUGUGUGUGUGUGUGUGUCCCGCAGGGUGAGCUGUCUCACCCGGAGCUCCUGGUUGCCGUGGAGAUGCUCUCAGCUGUGGUUCUGAUGAACGAGGCGUUGGAAGUCGGAGACCGAGCGGCUCUGUGGAAGCAGCUGAGCAGCUCAGUGACGGGACUGAGCAACGUGGAGGACGAGUACGCUCAGAGGUGCGCCCCCUACAGGUCUACAUGAGAAACUGUUAGAGUAGAUCAGCAUGAUGAGCAGCUCUGAGGACUCAUUAUUGAUCUCAUUCUCUAGUGUCUGUGAAAAACCAAAUCUCAGCUCCAUUCAGUCUCGUCACUUUGGCUUUUCCACUGAUAGAGUUGGACACAGUGGGGUCUUACUUUUUACACAUGAGAGUCAUGAGAGUCUGGACUUCACAGAAAAACUCAAGGCUAGAUGUUGGAGUCCACUUGGCUCUCUGUAUGAAAGUUUAUUUAUUUCAGUAAUUCUGUGAAAAAAGUGAAACUCUGCGGAUCGCCGGACUCCUCAGCUGAUCACAAGAGUUCUAUUUUUUCUGGACGCCGGAGCAUGGCGGAUAAAUUCAGCACAGAUUAACCCGUGCUGGAAAGGAAGUCGGGCACAGACACAAAAUAAAACAUCCGGCUUCUUUUCAAAAUAAAACACGAACGACGAACAAGUGAAAGGUUUUUAGACGUCAUUUCACCCCGAUGACACCAUGGAUGAGGAGAUGCUGAUUCUAGAAGUCUAGAAGUAGAUUUCCUCCUCUGGAAGGACACAAUCUACUGCUUAUAUGUCUAUGUGUCGGUCUUUAGAGAGACAACUCGUUAUCGCACAAUUGCACGUGAAUCCUGCUGUCUGUAAUCCGCCACAAAAUUCGCCUCAAAAUCGUUUCUGGUGGGAAUAGGUGAACAGCGAAAAUCGCCGGCGUUCCAGAUCGGAGCCGUUCCGAUCACACACAGACUGAUUUACUUCAGUGUUCAUUUAUUUUCAUCUUGGUGAUUGUAACUUAAAACUCCGCUGACGUCCUGAAAACAUCCAAACUGUUUUUUCUGGAGCCUUCCUCUUCGAGAAGACGAGAGCCGAAUAAGGACAGAGAUGAUGUCAGAUGUUUCCUUCAGGAGAAACUUUAAUGAGAUCAGGAACAAAAAAACAGGAUCAUGUUUGAAAAAAUCACAAUCUGCAUAACCACCAGAUCACUAUACAUAAUCCCCUUCCUGUGAGUCAUUAAUGUGACUGUGUGUGUGUGCGUGUGUGUGUGUGUGUGUGUGUUCAGGUACAUGGAUGAGUUGAUGCGUCUGAAGGCGGCGGCCAGAGAACAGGGCUGUGACUAUCUCACCUGGAACGACAUUCAGGCGUGUAUCGACCAGGUGAACCUGACCGUGCAGGAGGAGCAUGAGCGUAAGAAACACACACACACACACACACACACACACACACACACACACACACACACACACACACACACACACACCGGCUAUACAAACAGAGUAAAUGUGUGUUUGCAGGUAUCGCAGCCAUCGGUCUGAUCAACGAGGCUCUGGAUGAAGGAGAUCCGAUGAAGACUCUGGCCAUGCUGCAGAACUCUUCGGCCAAACUGACCGACGUGGACCCGGCUCUGGCUCAGCACUACCACGACAUCCUGCUGGAGGCCAGGCGCGAGAAAGCCCACGUAAGAACAUCCUCAGUUUCAAUUUCCAUAGGUUUAUCGGCUGUUUGAACAGUAGGAACAACUUUGAUAUCAAUAACAACAACACAACAAUAACAACAUCUUCACCUGACCGUAAAAUCCACUCACUUCCUGAGAGCGGCGGCGGCGGUCAGGUGAUGACCUCUGAGUGUUUCAGGAGAAGAUCAGAGUGUCUCCUCUAAAGCUGAGGUCACUCAGGUCAACAAACACUUGAGUUUUACAAAAAUACAAAAACACAAAAACAAACUUUCUGUUUUUAUUCUCUUCGAUCGAGAAAAAGGAGAAAAAAAAAAGUUUCCUGUUCAGACGGAGGAAAAACAAUCAGGCUGAGUGUGUGACCAUAUAAGGACAAAACACUGACCACUGAGGUUAAUGAGCCCAUAACACACACACACACACACACACAAAUACACACACACAAACACACACACUGUGACACACACACACACCGUGCUGUUGGCUGUUUUGAAGGUGAUGAGGUAAUGACAGGAAGUGGUUAGAGCAGCUGAACUUCCUGUUUCUGAGUUUUAAUGGAGCUGAAGAAACUGAAGGAUGGAGGCUCCGCCCCUUUUUUCCUCUUUUUCCUCUUUUCUCUCUCUCUUUCUUCUCUCUUUCUUUUUUUUCUCCCCCCUCUCUCUCUCCUCUCUCUUCCUUCCCCCUUUCUUCCCUCUCCCCUCCAUCUUCCACCUCUCUCUCCCUCUCUCUUUCUUUCCUCUGUUUUUCUUUAAUCUCUCUCUCUUUCCUCUCUCCCUCUUUCUUCCCCCUCUCUCUCUCCCUCUUGCUUUCCUUUCCUCCCUCAUUCUCUCCUCUCUCUUUCCUUGCUUUCUUUUUCCUUCCCCUUCUUUCUCCCGCUCUCUUCCUCUCUCUCCUCUCUCUCUCUUUUUCUCUCCCUUUUCUUUCCUCCCUCUCUCUUUCCUCCCUCUUUCUUAUUUCCCCCUCUCUCUUUUUCUCCCCCUCUCUCUCUCUCUCUCUGAAAGUUCCUCCUGUUGAUAAAGUUCUCAGAACCAGAUCCUAGUUUCUCCUUUUAGACCUGGGGGGGGGGGGGGUCUGAGAGGAUCCUCGCGGCCCUGAACUACACACACACACACACACACACACACACACACACACACACACACACACACACACACACACACACACCUAAGAGUGUCUCACACACUCACAAUCUCUUCAGGUGUCUGCAGAGUUUUUCUAGAUUUGUUGUUGUUUUUUCUGUUGUUGUGUUACUGUACUGUUGUGUGUGUGUGUGUGUGUGUGAAGUGUGGCACAGAGUGAGUCUGUUACUUUGGCGUCAAUAAAAAACUAUGGCGGGAUGAAAAACUCUCACUUCCUGUUUCCAUGGAGUCAUGCAACGUGUUUGAACUCCAGCGAGCUCCACCCAACCCCCCGAAACACACAAACACACACACACACACACACUUAACACACACACAGAACACACACCACACCCUGUCUAAAGUGACUUACACCACCAACUAAUGCCAAUCAGACACACACACACACACACACACACACACACACACACACAGCUUCUCUUUUCUCUCCCUGUCCUUGCAUGAAGGGGGCGGGGCUUGUUUGGGGGGUUUCCUGUUUCAGCAGCAUCCUCUCCGCCCUCACUUACACGGACAGAGAGCGCCCUCUGUGUGCAGAGAGGUGGAACUACACCUCAACGCAACAGCUCUGAUAUGACUGUUUGUGUACGCAUGUGUGUGUGUGUGUGUGUGUGUGUGUGUGUGUGUGUGUGUUCAUUCGCAUCUUAAAAUGUGUGCGACUCUCUUGUCCAAUCAGGAGACUCAGGAUCCGUCAGCUGUUCUGUGGUUGGAUGAAAUUCAGAACGCCAUCCUGAGAGCCAAUCAGGACACCAAGGAGGCCUUGCUGUGUGAGUGUGCACAUUCAUAGCACACACACACACACGCACGUGCACACACACACAAACGUGUCAGAGCUGUUCCAGUGAAGAUUUCAGGGAUCAGGACAACAUUUCUCCUCAGACGAACUUAAAUAUCAGUUUUUAUCAUGAACAGAGAUUCGACUCGAUGUUGGAGACGAUGUGGGGAGAAGAAUCAGGCCGAUCAUGUUCAUGUUUUUGUAGAUGCUUUGGUUUUAUACCUUAUUGUCAGGAGAUAAAGAAGAGGAUGGAAAACAUUUUAAAACUUCCACUUAGAUGUAAAAUUUAUAUCUGUGAAAAAGAGAAGGUCAGGAGAAAAACACAGAUUUACAGUCAUGUUGAUGACGCUAAAAAGGUCAUCAGUAGAAACCGUCUAAAAACAGAUGAACCAAAAAUGGAGGAUUGGGUCGAGGUAAUUGAUCGAUGAAUACAGAAUCAGGAGACGCUGAUUUUCUCAUCUCCACUAAAAACAGAAACUUUUAAAAUCUCCUGGAAAAACUGGGUUGAUUUAGUGUCUCAGACUUUGUGCAGUGAAGACAGUGUGUAUUAUCGAUUAUUGAUCCCCUGGGUUCAAACUUGUUUAUUCUGUUUAUUCUAUUUACCCUCCAACAGGAGAAAAGAGACGAUGAGAGAGAGGAGUGAAAAAAGGACAUGAGUGAAAAGUGAUUUUACUUCACAGUUUUUCUACUUUAACUUUACUGAAGGAGUUUAUGUCCAACUCUGUCUCUGCUCCACCGUGGACAAAUAUUAUAUACAGAGUCACUCGCAGGUGUAGACUCACAGAAACCUGCUGGGUCUGAGAAAUAACGUGAAUUUCUGUCUUUCUCUCCGUCUCUCCGUCCUUCAGUCUCUCAGUCCAUACAGGAAGUGAAUGAGGCGGUGGAUUCAGGUGAGCCGGCUCGGACUCUGGCGGCUCUGCGUAACCCGGGAACAGGACUUUACGGGGUCACCUCAGAGUGUGCGCAGACCUACCAGGACGACCUGUCCGCCAUCAAAGAGGACAAGAGGAAGGAGGGUGAGGAAGGAGGGAGGAAGGAGGGAGGGCUGGGAGGACAGAUGUGGUCAUGUUUUAGGUGGGGGGGUUUAAACUGACAGGUUUAAGUGACGGACCGACCCGAUGACCCGAUGACCCGAUGAAUGACGGAUCACUGAGCUGUGCUUCUCACAGGUCCAAUAACCUGUCUGUGUCUGUGUCUGUGUGUCUCCUGUCUGUGUGUCUCCUGUCUGUGUGUCUUUUGUCUGUGUGUCUCCUGUCUGUGUCUGUGUCUGUGUGUCUUUUGUCUGUGUGUCUCCUGUCUGUGUCUGUGUGUCUCCUGUCUGUGUAUGUGUCUGUGUGUCUUUUGUCUGUGUGUCUUUUGUCUGUUUGUCUCCUGUCUGUGUGUCUCCUCUCUGUGUGUCUUUUGUCUGUUUGUCUUUUGUCUGUGUGUCUCCUCUCUGUGUGUCUUUUGUCUGUGUGUCUCCUGUCUGUGUGUCUUUUGUCUGUGUCUGUGUGACUCCUGUCUGUGUGUCUUCGUCUGUGUGUCUUUUGUCUAUGUGUCUCCUGUCUGUGUCUGUGUGUCUUUUGUCUGUGUGUCUUUUGUCUGUGUCUGUGUGUCUCCUGUCUGUGUGUCUUUUGUCUGUGUGUCUCCUGUCUGUGUCUGUGUGUCUUUUGUCUGUGUGUCUUUUGUCUGUGUGUCUCCUCUCUGUGUGUCUUUUGUCUGUGUGUCUCCUGUCUGUGUGUCUUUUGUCUGUGUCUCCUGUCUGUGUGUCUUUUGUCUGUGUCUGUGUGUCUCCUGUCUGUGUGUCUUUUGUCUGUGUGUCUCCUGUCUGUGUGUCUCCUGGCUGUGUCUCCUGUCUGUGUGUCUCCUGUCUGUGUCUGUGUCUGUGUGUCUUCGUCUGUGUGUCUCCUGUCUGUGUGUCUGUGUGUCUCCUGUCUGUGUGUCUGUGUGUCUCCUGUCUGUGUGUCUCCUGUCUGUGUGUCUUUUGUCUGUGUCUGUGUGUCUCCUGUCUGUGUCUGUGUCUGUGUCUGUGUGUCUCCUGUCUGUGUGUCUUUUGUCUGUGCGUCUUCGUCUGUGUGUCUCCUGUCUGUGUGUCUUUUGUCUGUGUGUCUCCUGUCUGUGUGUCUCCUGUCUGUGUGUCUCCUGUCUGUGUCUGUGUCUCCUGUCUGUGUCUGUGUCUGUGUGUCUCCUGUCUGUGUGUCUCCUCUCUGUGUGUCUUUUGUCUGUGUGUCUCCUGUCUGUGUCUGUGUCUGUGUGUCUCCUGUCUGUGUGUCUCCUGUCUGUGUGUCUCCUGUCUGUGUGUCUUUUGUCUGUGUGUCUCCUGUCUGUGUGUCUCCUGUCUGUGUGUCUCCUGUCUGUGUGUCUUCGUCUGUGUGUCUGUGUCUGUGUGUCUCCUGUCUGUGUCUGUGUGUCUUUUGUCUGUGUGUCUUCGUCUGUGUGUCUCCUGUCUGUGUUUUAGGAGAUAACGGCAGUGAGUGGGUGAAGCACUGGGUGAAGGGGGGACACAAUUAUUACUUCAACCUGAACACCAAGGAGGGGACGUGGGCGGAGCCUGAGGGCUUCAUCCAGAACAACACACAGCUGGACAAGGAGGACAUCCAGGUGAGUGUGUGUCUGUGCUCAGUUUUAACACACACACACACACACAGACACACACAGACACGCUUCAUCACUUCAUCGCUAACUCGCGGCGUCUCUCCCGCCAGUCUGUGGUUUCCGGGGUAACCACAGCUUACAACCGGGAGCAGUUAUGGCUGGCCAAUGAGAAUCUGAUCACCAAGCUGCAAGCUCGCUGCCGUGGUUACCUGGUGAGAAAAAGUCAAAAGGAGCGAAUGGACUUCCUGAAAUCCCAGGGACCAGCUGUUACCUGCAUACAGGUGAGACACACCUCAGUACAGGUGAGGCCGACACGGUGACCUCUGUCCUGAGAGGUGUGUUCAAGGUCAGGAGGUCAUGUGACGAUGGCUCUGAAUUAUUUAAUGAUCUGUAACUCUAUGUGUGUGUGUGUGUGUGUGUGUGUGUGUGUGUGUGUGUGUGUGUGUGUUUUCAGGCUCACUGGAAAGGACACAAACAGAGGAAGAAGUUUAAAGACCGUAAACAGUACCUGAAGGACCACAACGAUGAGGUGGUGAAGGUAAAGUUUGAACCUGAAUAUCUUGGGUUUCAUCGUUUCUCUCGUCUGCUAAACUCAACAUUAUUAAUCUGAACUAAAUUUGACCUAAUUUAACUAAACUUUACUGCACCUGAUUCAACUUCAAACACAACUAGGCUUUAAUAACUAAAUGAACCUAAACUCUACGUUGACUAAAUUCAAGUUAACUUCGCUGCACGUAAAACAAAACUCAUCCCAGCUUUACUUAAUCGAAUUAAACUUAAACUUAACUAAGCUUAACUUAACUGAACAUAAUCCAGCCCUACGUUACCAAAUCAUCUGACUUAACAAAACUGAGCUUAACUCAACACAACUGAACCUGGAUAACCUUCACUAAACUAAACUGAACUGAAUUAAGUUUAAUUAAACUCAACUUUACAAAACAGAAAUAAACUGAACCAAACUGGACUUUGAUGAAGAAAACUCUACCAGUUUGUUCACUUGUGUGUUUGUUUAUUUGUGUGUUUAUUUGUGUGUGUGUUUGUGUCUCAGAUUCAGUCCAUGGUUCGGAUGCAUCAGGCUCGGAAAAAGUACAAAGACCGUCUGAAGUAUUUCCAGGAUCAUGUGAGUCUGACAUUAAAAAUAAAAACAGCUGCUGAUUCACUUUGUUCAGAUUAUUUUACUCUGAUUUAGUUUUAUAUUUAAAUUUGUUUUUAUAUUUAGGACUGUGUUUUAACUUUAUUUUUAAUAUUCUCUCAUCUUGAUUAACUUCGUUGUGAUUCACUCUUUUUUUAAUUUAAUUUAAUUUUAACUUAAUAAAGUCCUUUUUGACUCAGUUAUUUUUUUUUCUUUAGUUUGGGUGAAACAGGAAAAAGAAUUUUCCCAUUUCCUGUCUUUUAUUUUGAAAUUACACCCUGAGUUAUGAGUGUGUCUUUUUUUGACGCAGAUUAAUGACGUGGUGAAGAUUCAGGCUUUCAUCAGAGCCAACAAAGCCAGAGACGACUACAAGACGCUGAGUGAGUCACACAUGUCCUCCUCCUACAAGUGUCCUCAUGUCCUCUGAAUGUCUUCAUUUUGUCUUUGUCUCUCAUCACUUAACACAAAUGUCUCCUCAUGUCUCAUAUGAUAAAUGUCCUAAUCUCUGCAUGUCCAUCAUUGUCUCUGAAUGUCCCCCCAGUCAGCGCUGAGGACCCUCCUAUGGCGGUGGUCAGGAAGUUUGUCCACCUGUUGGACCACAGCGACCAGGACUUCCAGGAGGAGCUGGAGCUGAUGCGUCUCCGGGAGGAAGUGGUCACCAAAAUCCGGUCCAAUCAGCAGCUGGAGAACGACCUGAACCUGAUGGACAUCAAGAUCGGACUGCUGGUCAAGAACAAGAUCACGCUGCAGGAGGUGGUGUCCCACAGCAAGAAGCUGACCAAGAAGAACAAGGGACAACUGUCCAACAUGAUGAUGAUGAACAAGCAGAGGGGCGGGCUGAAGGCGCUCAGCAAGGAGAAGAGGCUCAAACUGGAGGCGUACCAGUACCUCUUCUACCUGCUACAGGUGAGCUCACACCUGAGACAGGGCAUCUACAGGGUCCUGUCGGGGACAAAAGGGACAGGAAAGAGAAGUUUGACGGAAAAAUAAAAUGAUCUUCUGCAUUCGAUCUUAAAAAAAACAUUCAUUUUUCCGUCACAAACGCUGAAGUAAUAAAGAUGGAGCACUAGGGCCACAUUAAGAAAAACAAAAUUAAGACUUCGUGAUUAAAAUAAGUACUAACGAGGAUAAAAUCGUAGGAAAAUCCUUAUUUACGAGAAUAAAGUUGUGAUAAAAUCAUUAUUUUUGAGAAUAAAGUUGUAGUAAAGUAAUUACUUUUGAGAAUGAAGUGGUAAUCAUUAUUUACAAGAAUAAAGUCGUACUAAAAUCAACAUGUAUGAGAGUAAAGUCAAAAUAAAAUCAUUACUUACACGAAAAAAGUCAUAAAUUAAGUACUUUUAAGAAUAAAGUCGUAAUAAAAUCAUUAUUUUUAAAAAUAAAGUUGGAGUAAAGUAAUUACUUACAGAAAAAGGAAUAAUGAAGUAAUUACUUUUGAGAAUGAAGUGGUAAUCAUUAUUUACAAGAAUAAAGUCAUAGUAAAAUCAACAUUUACGAGAAUAAAGUCAAAAUAAAAUCAUUACUUACAUGAAUAAAGUCAUACUUAAGUAACUACUUACAUGAAAAAAGUAAUAAAUUAAGUACUUUUAAGAAUAAAGUCGAAAUAAAAUCAUUACUUACAUGAAUAAAGUCAUAAAUUAAGUACUUUUAAGAAUAAAGUCGUAAUAAAAUCAUUACUAACGAGAAUAAAGUGUUAAAGUAAAUACCGUCUUAGAUCUGCUUUAGUGGAGGAGUAAAUGUCUGAGCUGGUCACCUGCAGAGUUCUCUGCGGGUUCAUCAGCAGGUCAUUCAGAGAGUUUUUGUUGUUCCUCAAGAAAUAAUCCAACUGAUGAUCAAUAUUUACGAUUCAGAGGGAGUCGAGCUCCGACGAGAACCGCGUCUGUCUCUGAUGUCGGCACAACACCAGCAGGAACCUCCACCUGCAGAGGCACCAACACCUUAUUAUGGUGAACAGAUUCAUACGAUAAACUAAAGACAUAUAAACUAAAGUUAUAAACUAAAGUUCUAAACGGCUGAUUGAGGGAUUGAACCUCUGCAGACAUUUACAGACGUUUCCCCCUCCUCAAAAACAGAGAUUCCCUACAAGUCCGCCCACUUCUUUCUGAAUUUCUUCAUAUGUCCUGAUACUUCUGACCGUGUGAUUCUGAAACACCGAAGGAUUUAUUAUCUCCUUGUUUGUAAAACAAAACUACUGAAGUUCAAUUCAUCGAAAUGCUCCACAGCGCUCGUUUCAACAACUAACAACAGGUCAGAAUAUUAGCUAUGACUUUAUUCUCAUAAGUAAUGAUUUUAUUACGACUUAAUUCUCAUAAGAUAAUUUUAUUACAACUUUAUUUUCAUAAGUAAUUCUUUUAUUAUGACUUUAUUCUUGGACGUAAUUCCAAAGUCGUAUUUUUUUUUCUUAGUGUGGCCCUGAUUCUCCGUCGUUAGUAAGAACUCGUCAUGUUUUGGUCUUUAACGUGUUUCUUCACUCUGAACCAGAGAAGACAUCUCCGAGGACGUCAGUCUUCUUCACAGACGUCUUUAUUGAUAAUCACCUGUGUUUCCUGCAGACUAACCCCACCUACCUGGCCAAGCUGAUCUUCCAGAUGCCGCAGAAUAAAUCCACCAAGUUCAUGGACUCGGUCAUCUUCACGCUCUACAACUACGCCUCCAACCAGAGGGAGGAGUACCUGCUGCUGAAGCUCUUCAAGACCGCGCUGCAGGAGGAGAUCAAGUGAGGACCCCACCACGAUCAAUGAUCAAUAACCAGUAACCUUCAAUCAGUCCAGUAACACGGGUCACUCCUGUCCACAGGUCAAAGGUCGACCAGAUGAAGGAGAUCGUCACGGGAAACCCCACCGUCAUAAAGAUGGUGGUGAGUUUCCACCGUGGAGCGCGAGGACAGAACGCUCUGAGACAGAUCCUCGCUCCCGUCGUCAAGGAGAUCAUGGACGACAAAUCCCUGAACAUCAAGACGGACCCGGUGGACAUCUACAAGAGCUGGGUCAACCAGAUGGAGACGCAGACCGGAGAGGCCAGGUGAGUCCAGGUGUAUGAGACCGAGGGGUGGGAGAAAAAAUCCGUUCACAGAAGAAUCACGAUUUUUUAUUUCACAAUUUUUACAUCGAAUUUUAUGUGAAAAAAACGUUGUUUUUUUUUCAAAUUUAAGAAUAAAUCUUAAAAACUGACAAACAUCUGAUGUGUAUUUUGGGGGAAAUAUGGUUCCUGGAAUAGUCAGUGGACAAUCAUAAUCGCUCAGCUGUUUCACUGGAGUUAAAAACAUCGAUUCAAUAUCGAGGAAAUCGUCAAUAUCGUAGAAUCGCAGUUUAAAUCGAAUCAGGAGAAAAACAUCGUCGCAGCUCUGAUGAUCGUUAAAACAUGUCGCUUCUUUGUAAGUCUGUGAGACGGAGGACAGACAGAGGACAGAGGGAGGACAGACACUCUUAGACACUUUGGUCUCACAGGAUGUUUGGACUCUGUCUUUGUGUCCUUCCUGUCCCAGUCUUAUCAAACGGUCUCAAACUGUGUCUCAUCUUUGUCUUCUUCUGGUCUUUUGUCUUACCUGGUGUCUGUCCUUGUCCUCUGUCCUUGUCCUCUGUCCUUGUCCUCCACAGUAAGCUGCCUUACGAUGUGACGCCCGAGCAGGCGAUGAGCCACGAGGAGGUGAGGACGCGACUGGAAGCGUCCAUCAAGAACAUGAAGACAAUAACGGACAAGUUCCUGUCCGCCAUCAUCGUCUCUGUGGACAAAAUCCCGUAAGUCCCCCGAGUCCGUCUGUCUGCGUCUUUGUCAGUGUCACAGAAACAGGGACGAGGACAGGUUCUCAGUGACGGUGUCUUUUGUCCGACAGGUACGGGAUGCGUUUCAUCUCGAAGGUUCUGAAGGACUCGCUCCAUGAGAAGUUUCCGGACGCCACCGAAGACGAACUGCUGAAGGUUAAAACACGUUUUUUUUAAACUGACUAGUCUUUGGGGGGACAGCGGGACAAAGGACGGGAGGUGUGAGACGGAGCUCUCUGAUUGGCUGAGAGGAAAAAUGAUAUAAACAGAACAACAUUCAGACUUGACCUUUGACCUGUGGAUUCAGACUUGGUGAACUGGUCCUUUAAUUCUGGUCCUCUGCUCUCCUUUACUGGUCUUCAGUCCUCUUCCAUCCUGCUGUUCUCUACCUCACUUUGAAACGUCAGGAUGGAAACGCCGGAACAGAAACGGUUUCUUCUCUUUUUUUUCUCAUUUAUUCUGUUUCUGACUUUUCCCUCUCUUUUCCCUUUCUGCUGCUUCCUGUUUCCUGUUUCCACCUGUCCAAUCAGCUGCAGCCUCGCUUACAGAGCGCCAUCCUUCUCUGCUGACGCAAAGGCGAGUCACGCUGAUCUUCAGCCCCGCCCCUCCACUUCCUCCAAAAGCUGCAAGAACAGAAAGAUCUUUAAAGAAAUCACAGAAAACCAACAAAAAAUAUUAAAAAUCAGAUAAAAUUAACUGAAACAUUUAAAAUCACUAACAUGGAUUUAAACUUUAAAAUAACUAAAAUUAACUUGAAUAAUAAUAAUAAUAAGAACAGAAAAAAAACCCAUUAAAAAUCAGAUGAAAUUAACGAAAACAUAAAAAAUCACUAACAAGGACAUAAACAUUAAAAAUUACUAAAAAUAACUUAAACAUUAGAAAUGAGAGAAAACAAAAUGUAACUUAAAAAAUUACAAAAAUUAACUCAAACAUAAUAAAAACACUGAAAACAAACUUAAACACAGAAAAUCGAAGAAAAUUAACUUAAGCAUUCUAAACAACUAAAAUGAUCUUAGACAUAAAAAAACGGAAAACAAAAUUUAAUUUAAAGAAAAUCUAAAAUUAAAUUAAAAAUAAAAUUACAGAAAUUAAACUUAACUGUUAGAAAUGACUUGGAUAAACUUCAAUAUUAAAAAUGACUAAAAAAAGAAGGUAAAAUAAACAAAAAAAAUAAUUUAAUUAACUUAAACAUUACAAAAUAUAAACCUAAAUUUUAAAAUUUCUAUAUUAAAUUUUUUUUAUCACAUGAUAAAAAUGUAGAAACACAAAAACAAUUCAAUAAAAUUAACAAAAAAACACACAUUUUGAUUUACAUAUUAAAUCUUCAAAUACACAAAGAACUUGUUUAUUUUAAUUACACUAAAACAUAGAGCUUAUGAAUUUAAGUAUAUAGAUAAAAAAAAAUCAAAACAUUUUAGUCUGUCAAACUUAAAAAUAGAUCAACGUUUCUUAAAUUUAUUUUUAAACAUUUUUAAAUCCCACUGAAGAUCAGCCUCUGUAAUCGUUUAAAGGAAUUUUAACUGUUUCUGUUUUUAAGUAUCUUUUAAAUCUAGUUGAAGACGAGUCUUUUAAAUCAUUUUAAGUGCUUUUAACUGUUUCUAUUUUUAAGUAUCUUUUAAAUCUAGUUGAAGAUCAAUCUUUUAAAUCAUUUUAAGUUUUUUUAACUGUUUUUAUUUUUAAGUUUGUUUUAAAUCUCAGGGAGGAUCAGCCUCUUGUGGUUCAGCCUGUUAUUUAAAAAGGUCAGGGUUAAUUGGUGACAAAUGACCCCUGGUUUAAAGUCACAGAGUGAUGCUUUAAUUGAUGCUCAGUCUCUUAUUUCCAAGUCUUUGAUAUUCAUCAUGAAUAAAUAUUCAGAUUAUUUAAAAAGAAGCACAAACUCAUAAAGAUAACUUUGUUGUUCAGUUUUGACUCGGGUUUUUCUGACAUUACUUUAAUCUGAGGUUUUGUCAUUCCUCGCCUCCUCAGAUUGUGGGUAAUCUGCUGUACUAUCGCUACAUGAACCCCGCCAUCGUGGCACCUGACGCUUUCGACAUCAUCGAGGUGUCAGCUGGCGGUCAGCUGACCACCGAACAGCGGCGAAACCUGGGCUCUGUGGCAAAGAUGCUGCAGCACGCCGCCUCCAACAAGAUGUUCCUGGGAGACAACGCCCACCUGAACCCCAUCAACGAGUACCUGAGCGCCUCCUACCUGAAGUUCAGGUGUGGUGAUUGACACACUCCUCGUUAUUGUCCUCCUCCUCAUCAUCAUCCUCAGCUCCUUACUUCUCCUCUUCCUCCUGUAGGCGUUUCUUCCUGGCAGCGUGUGACGUCCCGUCUCUCGAGGACAAGUUUAACGUGGAUCAGUACUCCGACCUCGUCACCGUCACCAAACCCGUCAUCUACAUCUCCAUCGGAGAAAUCAUCAACACUCACACGGUGAGUACACUCUUCCUCCUCCUCCUCCUCCUCCUCCUCCUCCUCUGUAAAACAUUCAAACAUGAGAUCGUUCUCUUCUCCGUCAAACUUUAACACAUUUUAAAAUAUUGCAGCAGCUGCAGACUCAGUUUUUACUUUCAACCAUUUCAUGAUUCUCUUAUUUCCGUUGUCUUUGCGUAGCUUUUGUUGGACCACCAGGACGCCAUCGCCCCCGAGCACAACGACCCGGUCCACGAGCUGCUGGAGGACCUCGGGGAGGUUCCUACAGUGGAGUCUCUGAUCGGUGAGUCAGACUCCGUUCGUGUUUUUCUUCGCUCUUCUCAUGUUUGACUCACUUCUGCUUUCUGUUUCGUGAUGAAGACUCUGAUGUUUGUAAUCAGAUUAUUUCAGACUAAGAGAACUUGAAGGUUUUGGGGUUAUUCAGCAUUUCUCUGAUUGGACAGUUUCAUAGAUUCAGGAUAUGUGGCGUGGAGGGCGGGGUUUGACGUACAGUUGAUGGUCAUGUCUGAGUUUGGAAGCAGCGACAAAGAUCGUCGCCUCUGAACUGCAGAGAUUUAAAAUCUGGAUUUUAAGAGAUUUGAGCUUCAGCAGCUUUAAUAACCAACCCUUGACGCACGUGUGUGUGUGUGUGUGUCUGUGUGUGUGUGUGUCUGUGCUCGUCCAGGUGAGAAUCCUCUUCCUCCUGAUGAUCCAAACAAAGAGCUGAUGGGUAAAACCGAAGUUUCUCUCACGCUCACCAACAAGUUCGACGUUCCCGGAGAGGCCAACGCAGAGAUGGACGCCAGGACGCUGCUGCUCAAGUCAGUUCAGACGCCACUUCCUGAUCUAGAAUCACUAAAAUUCAUUUUCACAGUAGACCUCUUUACUAAACAGGAGGAACAGAUUUAAAGGGGCAGUCUGUAGUUUUUUUAAUUAAUGUUCAAACAGCUGAAGGUAAAUUUGUCUCUGCUGACGUGUUUCUACUCGAACUCCGAACAAACGAGAAACAAACAUGUUUGUGGGAGGAGUGGGUUAAACUUCAGGGGUCGUUGUUGUUAUUGAUCUUAUUGUUGGGAUUGUUUGUUGUUGUUCAUGUCUUGUUGUUGUAGUUGUUGUUGUUGUUUUUUUGUCUGUUGUUGAUGUUGUAGUUUUUUUUUUUGUUGUGUUUUCGUUGUUGUCUUUGAUGUUGUUUGUUGUUGUUGUUUUUGUUGUUAUUUGUUGUUUUUUGUGUCCUUGUUUGUUGUUGUCAUUAUUGUUGUUUUUUGUUGUUUUUGUUGCUGUUGUUGUUUGUUGUUGUUGUUUGUGUCAUGUUUGUUGUUGUUGUCAUUAUUGUUGUUUUUGUUUGUUGUUGUUGUUGUUGUUUGUGUCGUUGUUGUUUGUUGUCAUUGUUGUUUGUUGUUGUUGUCAUUGUUGUUGUUGUUUUUUGUUGUUGUUGUUUGUGUCAUUGUUGUUUGUUGUUGUUGUCAUUAUUGUUGUUUGUACCAUUGUUGUUUGUUGUUUGUUGUUGUUGUCGUCGUUGUCUGUUGUUGUUGUUGUCAUUAUUGUUGUUGUUUGUUGUUGUUGUUUGUUGUUGUCAUUGUUGUUUGUUGUCAUUGUUGUCAUUAUUGUUGUUGUUUGUUGUUGUUGUUUGUGUCAUUGUUGUUUGUUGUUGUUGUCGUCGUUGUCUGUUGUUGUUGUUGUCAUUAUUGUUGUUGUUUGUUGUUUUUGUUGCUGUUGUUGUUUUUGUUGUUGUUUGUUGUUGUUGUCGUCGUUGUCUGUUGUUGUUGUUGUUGUUGUUGUCAUUAUUGUUGUUGUUUGUUGUUGUUUUUUUGUUGUUGUUUGUGUCGUUGUUGUUUGUUGUCAUUAUUGUUUUGUUUGUUGUAUUUGUUGUUGUUUGUUGUUGUUGUUGAAGUUGAUGUUGUUGUUGUACUCUGGUAAGGAUUAGUCUGACCAUACAUCACAGGACCUUUUUGUCCUCAAAGGCCCCCGUAGAUUUACUGACACGGAGGGGUGAGCAGAGGAGCGUCUCAGUGUAGAAUCUGACUGUUAGGUUCCUUUAAACGGAGUAUUUAAUGUUUCUGUUUCUGAUUUUAUUCGUUCUGGUUUUCAGCACAAAGAGACUGAUCGUCGACGUGAUCCGGUUCCAGCCUGGAGAAACUCUGACUGAGAUCCUGGACUCCACAGCCGGGACAGAACAGGUCAGGAACAAGAUCCAGAAACUAUGAAGAAACACGGUCGAGGAAUCAAAACAAAAAAAAACAAAUCCAGAAACAAGACCCUGAAACAAAGGCCGGACACAUAAUUCAGAGAGUUCUUAUUUUUCUUCAUAUUAAAAAAAAAACUCGGUGUCUCCUGUAGUUCUCCGUCACCACAUUUUAGCUCCACCCACCCUCCUUCGUCCUCAAAUCGGCCAAUAGACUUCCAUUAAAAACAGGUUUUUUGAGCGUGUGUUUACGGCUCCAUAACAACAUAUUAAACCUUUUUCCUGCAGUCAGUCGAUCAGCAGGGCUCUAAAUCUGACUUUCCCACAGUGAGACAACAGACUGAGCCGCAGUCUGAAGGUCCUUCAGAUCAUCAGGGGAGAAGAUAUCACAUCUCAAAUAUGCAGUUAUUUUUAUAUCAGUGUAAUCACGGUCAUAUUUUGGUUAGAGGAGGAUAAACACUCAUUAAUGAUUCCUAUCUGACAUAUAUCUUCUGAUUUUAUAUGUUUAUAUAUAAAAUUAAUUUAUUAUGAACACAUGAAUUUGAUCGUAUUUGAUUUGGUCGAGGACGAGGUUCGAGAAAAGGAGGAGAAAAUGUCGAGUUUUUCUGCUCCAACAGACUGAUCAGAACUUUAUCACUAAAUAUGACAUGAUGAACAAAAACUGACAUAAAAAGAGAAAAACAUCAAAUUUUUCAUUUAUCAUUUUAUUAAUGAUCAGGGCUGAAGUUGUUUAAGAGAUUUGAGUCAAAAAAAAGUUUUUAAAAAAAAGAUUUUUUUAUGAAUAAUCUUCUCUGUAUGUCUGUUUUGGGGACAAAGUCGACUGGAUGGAGCUUCAAAUUAAAAUGAACCGAGAGUUAAAACCUGGAAUUAUGAUCUUAAAAACCAAGAUCAGGACUACGAGUUCAAGACCAGGACCAGCUGGAGGUUUUGGGAGAAGCCCUAAAACAGAAGGAGACCGAACCUUGUAAAUCGAACUUUGUGGUUUUUGUCUCAAUCUGUGACACAGGAAGCCGAGUACCAGCGGGCGAUGCAGAGGAGGGCCAUCAGAGACGCCAAGACGCCCGAGAAGAUGAAGCAGGUGAAGCCGGUGGUCGACGACAGUCUGACUCUGCAGGGGAAGAAGGACAAGAUCCGGAGCAACCUCCAGAGACUCGCUGAGCUGGGGAAGGUCCACCCCCAGAACCGUUACCAGGACCUGAUCAACGACAUCACCAAGGUGAGAGGUCAUCAGGGUCUUCUGUGAGAGGAGGGGUCACAGAGGGGUCACAGAGGUCAAACAAAUCUGUGCAGAACCUCACUCUGUCCUCGCCAUGAUGCGUUUCUGCGUUUCAGGACAUCAGAAAUCAGAGACGUUACCGUCAGCGCCGGAAAGCCGAGCUGGUCCGCCUCCAGCAGACGAACGCCGCCCUGAACUCCAAAACCAACUUCUUCAACGUCCAGAUCGACUCGUAUAACCAGUACAUCAAGACCUGCAUGGACAACCUGGCCAGCAAUCGCAAGUAGGUCCAGAUCCGACCUCACACCUGAAGAAGUGUUGGUUUGAAAUGGCGGCACCUGUGGCGGACACGGUUGUGUAGUUGUGUUGUUGUUGUGUGUGUUUCGUUCUGUACACUGUCUGCUCCUCUGUGUCCUCAGACUGUCAAACAAACCCGGGAACAACAAGACCAAGAAGAGUAAGCAGGUGUCGCAGAAAUACACGGCGGCUCGUCUGCAUGAGAAAGGCGUCCUGAUCGCCAUCGAGGACCUGCAGCCGAACCAGUGAGUCCAUCGAACGUUAGCAUGUUUACCACGUGACCGUACCUGUCAGGUAGAGGCGGGGUCAAACCUUCAAACUUCACUGUAUCUGUGUUUUUUUUUUUUUGUCUCGACAGGUUUAAAAACGUUAUUUUUGAGAUCGCUCCAUCAGAGGCUGUCGGAGUUUUCGACGUGAAGGCGAAGUUAAUGGGUGUUCACCUGGAGACGCUACAGAUAGAGUAUCAGGUACUGAAGAGUUCACCUGGUUCCUGUUGUAGACACAGUUGACAGAUUUAUUACACUGACAGUUUCAGACACUAUUAAAGGGAUAUUCUGCUGUAAAAUUAAUGAUGUAUUGCAGGAUAGAAAUACACAGCGGUCUGAGGAGCCAUAAACAAACCUCAACCAAAACGCCGCUCUAUAGCCACAAAUAAUGCUCAGAACAGCACCUAACUUCAUCAACAGGACAUAUAGGGUCACAGACAUAGUACUAUAUUCAGAGUUGUUCUAACUCCUAAGAAAACAUAAACUUAAGCGGGGGCGUUUCUCCACUUCUGUAGUCUAUAAGCUGGGCCAAUAAACUUCUACUGUAGUAAGAUGAAAAGGUAAAGGUGUUUUUAUUGAGCCGAAUUAUCAAUAAAAUCAUGAUUUUGUUAACAGGUAUGGAUUUAUGUGCUGUUGAGUUAAUAUAUUUGAACAAGAGCACAGUAAAGUUAAAUCAGAUAAUUUUCCAAUGAGGUUCUGUUACUGAAUGGAACUACACCAUGUUCUACUCAGGUUAGUACAUAUAGGGUCACAGACAUAGUUCUAUAUUCAGAGUUGUUCUAACUCCUAAGAGAACAUAAACUUAAGCGGGGGCGUUUCUCUGCACCUGAAAGGGUGAACGGAUUUUUUCCGAUCUUUUUUCUCUUUGUGGAGAUCGCACUAUAGGACCAUGAUCGCCAUAGAAACAAGGGUCAUAAUAAUUACCAAUCUCUCCAGUAGUCAACCAGGACUUUAAGUGGUAUUUGAUGAAACUGUAAAGGUUCAUAUCUGUUAUAUUUACUUGAUAGUGUCUGAUUAUAUCUGCGCUCGCUGCAGUCGUCUGUCUGUUUUUGUUUAAACUGUAUUUUUGUGGAUUUUGUCAGUAAUCCGUGUACCGUUUGUGUUUUUUUAGGAUCUCCUGCAGUUGCAGUACGAAGGUGUCGCUGUGAUGAAACUCUUUGAUCGAGCAACCAUCAACGUCAACCUGCUAAUUUUCCUGCUCAACAAGAAGUUUUAUGGGAAAUAGAGUCAACAGAGGCGUCAGACUAAAAUCCUAUUUUUAUGAUUCCUGGUCUGAUCUGAACCGUCGUCACGCUCCUCUCUGCACUUCUCGUCUAUGCAAUCCUCUGAUUUUAUUCAGUUUGAGCUUCUCGUAGAGGACAGUCUGUCUGUAGCUGCAGUCGUGUUAGACAUUUAUAUGUUUAUCUCUUAAUAUUAGAAACAUCUCAUGCAUGAGCGCUGAUCAUUAUAAAAACAGCUGUUUUAUGUACAGUCACGUUUGCUGUCUUUAUUUGUUUUUUCUCUUAUUUGAUCAGAUUAACGUCAAAAACCAAAGAAAAGCGUUUUUUUUUUCUCACAGCUGGAAAUACAGUUACAUAUAACUUUAUUAUUAUUAUUAUUAUUGUUAUUAUUAUUUUUAUUAUUUGUUGUUGUUGUUGAUGUUGUACCAGUGGUAGCAGAUGUGGUGUUCUUGUCUAAAAUUAAGUUUUCUGUAACAUUUUAACUUCUUGUGUAAAAUUAAAAAAUAAAUACAUAAAUAAAUAAUAAUAAUAGUAAUAAUAAUAAUAAUGACAAUAAUAAGGAUAAUAAUGACAAUGAAAAAUAUUUCUGCAGAUGUUGUUUAAAAGUAAAAGAGGUCAAAAUUCUCCCUGUUUCUGUUCUGUUCAAAAUAAAAAUCUGCAGCUUGAAGUAUUUUAA